AUGGACAAUGUAACAAUGAUUCAAGACCCACCACACCUGAAAUCAUUACAAUGGGACGAUUGGGAUGACCUGUUUUACGGUAAAGGCGUGCUCACUGGGUACACGAUCCGGGCAGGCCAGUUCGAAAUCCCACGAGCUAACUACGAUGCCUUUGUGUUGAAACGAAACGCAACGCCAAAGGCCGAGUCGUACAAUAUGUCUAGCUCUAAUGCGGUGACUCGACAAGGGAUAUCCACCCAGUCUAUGUCUGAAAGCUCCUUGCAUUAUGGAGAUUUGGGCGGAGACUUGAAUCCGGCACUGAUGAAACCCAUGAGGAUGGGAGUGAGUGUGGGGGCAUCAGCGGCGCGAAGCGCAAGCACCACGGGCAUGCGGACGGAGCUCAAAGAAGAAACGGCGGUUGAACAUAGAUAUCCCAAGGUCAGAAUCUUUCUAAACGAUGAAUGGAUAACUCUUUCGGAUGGAUGCCUGGCGGAUCUCAAAGCACUCAAGACGAGCAAAAGUCGGGAAGAUCUGUUCCGAUUCUACCAGAAAUAUGGUACAACUCUGAACCGAUUGCCCCAUGCACCUUCCGAUUCUAAUGUGAGGUCAGGCCAUAUCAUCAUGACGCAAGUCAUCUUUGGAGGUCUUCUACGAUGGACCCAAGAAGCCAACAGUGAUGACGGAGGUAACCAUUCGGAAAAGGCAAGCAAACUUAAGGCCUUUGUCGACGCAAGAUACAUGUCUGCUCAGGUUACCGGUUCAUGCACGUCCUCAAAUGAGUCGAGGAAUGAUCAGGCCGAUCUAAAGUAUGAGAAGACUGUCUAUUUUCAUCGACUAGGAGGAAUCCAGUCCAGCGCUUCCGACUUUCAUUCCAGAGAAGAGUUGGACGCUUGGUCGAUCUCGUUGGGGCGGCGAGAGCUUUGGGUGGUCACAGAGCGUCGUGAACCAAUGCAAAUAGAGAAAUUUAUGGGUCUAAUGAAAGAGUUGAAAUGGGUGCCUCAGUUAUUUCAAGAGAUCCAUACCGCCGCGAGAGUCACACCACUAUUGCCAAACUUAUACAGCGAGAUCUACUCCACCAACACAUCGCUCGCAUUCGUGCGUCAAUAUGAUCUUCCAACUGAACCCGCCUUGCUAUUCUUCCAAGACCAGAAACGGCACAUAAGGUUUGGUGCACUGGCAAACUCAUCACACCCUCGCACCCACCAAACCGAGGUUCUAUUCGAAGAACCCAUCGUCCGGGCCAAGCAAGAUACACCUCUUGGGGCAUUUGCCACUCCAGAUAGCCUUCAUUUAUUCUAUCUUGACGACGCUUCCAAAGUCUGCAUGUCUCAGUUCGAUCUUGAAUCGCGGAUGUGGGAGGCCGCAACGUUUCCGGGCAACCCAUCCGAGCGCUCAGAUGGCUCGAACUUUGGAUUCUGCAAAGAGGAAAAUCCGAGUGGCUACCUGAUUUCAUACCGAAGUCUCACGGGGCAAGCACACAAUUUCAGGUAUGAGUACGAUAGUGGAGAGUGGACCAGCCUUCCAAUUGGAACUGAGGUGUCGGAAGUCAUGUCGAAUGAACCAGGACCGUUUAACCAGCGCAACGACCGAUACCUGGUACCAGGCUCUUUUGUGUACGCGGACAUAAAUCGCCGAGAUAGCUCACGCUUCGAAGGUUCCGAAGCAGUUGUCAAGGCCGAGCUGUGUGAAGACAAUGGAAUUACCUUCCAUGUCAAUUGGUUGCCAGGAUCGGAAAGCGAUAGUGACGACGGUGGUGACCCCGGGGGGGACACUCUGACCAUUCCAACCCUUUGUUUGGUGCGUCCCGGAACCGACUAUUGUACCGUUAUUACCAAGGAAGAUCCUCAUGGGUGGCCUGGCCUCGUUUUCAUAUCCCCUGAAGGGUCGAUGCACAUGAUCGGACUGAAUGGAUAUCACCCGGAUUACCAACUUGAACAACGGAGAAUAUUCGACCCUGACUGUCUCAAAGCCUCAAUGAGUACCUAUUUCCGGGAUCUAUCGAGAGUCCUGGAGUAUGAUUCUGACUGA